AUGUCUUACCGCUUAGCUCUCGCUUUGAUCCCUUUCGCUGUAACCUAUGCUCAGCAAAUUGGAACCCUCACUCCCGAGGUUCAUCCCCCUCUAACAUGGCAAACUUGCACUGCUCCUGGGAGUUGUACAACUGUCAACGGAAAGAUUGUGCUGGAUUCUAACUGGCGUUGGCUCCAUUCAUCUGCAGGUAGCACCAAUUGUUACACCGGAAACACCUGGGACAAAACUCUUUGUCCUAACGAUGCCACUUGUGCCGCUAAUUGCGCACUUGAGGGCGCUGACUAUGCCAAAACCUACGGAAUCACGACCUCUGGCAACUCUCUUCGUCUAAACUUUGUCACUGCAAGCGCGCAGAAGAACGUUGGAUCCCGCGUCUACCUCAUGGCAGAUGAUGAUAGCUACCAAAUGUUCAACAUGUUGAAUAAGGAAUUCACUUUUGAUGUGGAUACUUCUAAUCUUCCUUGUGGGCUUAACGGUGCUCUUUACAUGUCUGCAAUGUCCAAGGAUGGUGGUAAAGCUCAGUAUGCUGGAAAUAAGGCAGGUGCCAGAUACGGAGUUGGCUAUUGCGAUGCACAGUGUCCAAGAGACUUGAAGUUCAUCAACGGAGAAGCCAAUUCAGAUGGCUGGAUUCCAGCAUCAAACAGUGCGAACACCGGUGUUGGCAAUUAUGGCUCUUGUUGUGCGGAGAUGGAUAUCUGGGAAGCAAAUUCCAUCAGCACUGCUUACACACCCCACCCCGAUGACAAAGUGACCCAGUCGCGUUGCACUGGCGAUGCAUGUGGAGGUACUUACUCCGCCGAUAGAUACGCAGGAACUUCUGAUCCAGAUGGAUGCGAUUUCAACUCUUACCGACAAGGCAACAAGACUUUCUACGGGCCAGGGAAGACAGUUGAUACCAACUCGGUUAUGACUGUCGUAACUCAAUUCCUUACAAACACUGGCACCGAGUCAGGCACACUUUCCGAAAUCAAGCGCUUCUACGUGCAAAACGGGAAAGUGAUCCCCAACUCCGUUUCAACAAUUGCUGGCGUUCCCGGAAACUCCAUCACCGAUUCUUUCUGUGAUUCACAAAAGAAGGUAUUUGGCGAUUCCAAUGGCUUCAAAGACCACGGUGGACUUGCAAACAUGGGUAACGCAUUCGUCAAGGGUAUGGUUCUUGUCAUGAGCUUGUGGGAUGAUUACGCAGCAAAUGCUCUGUGGCUGGAUUCUUCAUAUCCUGUGACCGCUGACCCCGCAAAGCCUGGUGUCGCUCGUGGAUCUUGUUCAACCUCAAGUGGUGUUCCAGCCGAGGUUGAAGCCAACAGCCCAAACGCAUACGUCGUGUACUCAAACAUUAAGGUUGGAGCUAUCAACUCUACAUUUUCCGGCACUUUGGUACCCGGUGGUGGAACUCCUCCAGUUGGCGGAACCACAACCUCAACCAAAAUUACGACUUCUGCCGGGACAACAACCCUCAAAACUUCCACUACCUCCACGACCAGCGCUAAGCCUACCACCACAUCAAGCACCGGAGGAACUGUUGCUUUGUAUGGACAAUGCGGAGGCAAAGGCUGGGGAGGAGCAACUGUCUGCGCUACUGGUGUCUGCCACGUCUAUGGAGAGUACUAUUCUCAGUGCAUUCCAGCAUAG